UAGUUUCUAAUUUGUAAAAUUUAGAUUGAGAACAUCAUUAUAGAAGGUGGGAAAGGACAUUUCUAGUCCUGCAUCAGUUAACUAAUAAAGAUUAAAAACAUGCACAUACUGUAUAUAGAUUUUUGUUGAUCUAAUUUGUUACAAGUAGCUUGAUUAUAUACUCACUCACACACACACACACAAAAACUAUUGGGCAUUCCUGUAUCAGUGUCUGCCCCUGUCAUUUCAGUUGAGUAAACAAACAUGGUUUCAGUCCUCUGUGAGGGGGCUCUAGGGGUUAAAAUAGAUUAGGACAGCCAUCCCCACAGACCGAAGGAAUCUACCCAAGUACUAGAAAAGUUAAUUGGAAACUGUUACUCAGUCCAUACGGCUGCUCGGAGGGAGUGUUAGGCUGUGAGUCAGAAACUACACAUGUGCAAUGCUUUAAAGGAUAAUACAAAGAAAUCCUUGUGAAUUGGUCAAUACGUGCUGGACUUUAGUGAAAAGUGAAACGUUUUUGUUUUGAAGGCCUCUCCUUAAAACUUCCUGACUCUUACACAAUCAAAUAGCCGGAAUCCUGUUGAGGUCAUUGAGCUAUACCUGAAAAAUGAAGGAUUGGAAGAAAUCCACAUUCCCUAUUGUCAUUCUUCUUACAGUGAUUCUACAGUUCUGCACAGGGGCCCAUAGACCAGUCAUUUCACCUGAGGAUUCUGAGCACGUUCUGGACCUUUCCUCUACCUUCACCCUCACGUGUUCUGGAUCUGAUAAGGUGGUGUGGAAAUACAGGCAGGACACCAGUGUGACUGAAGUGCAGGGCGAGUUAUCUAGCAACCUCACUCUGCACAAUGUAUCAGGGAGACACACUGGGCUGUACACCUGCCACCACAACAGUGCAGAAGAACAAGAGAAAAGCACAUACAUUUUUGUGCCAGAUCCAGACAUGUGGUUCUUACCACUGGAGCACGGCGAAUCAGUGGUGAUGAAAACGAAUGCCAAAGCCACCUUUCCCUGCUUUGUUACCAACCCUGCUUUUAAUGUCACCCUUCAUGAUAAGUCACAUGACCUGCCUGUUCCUGGAUCGUACAAGCCACAGGAAGGCUUUACAGGGAAAGUUGAAGACAAGACAUAUUACUGCAGGGCAACCUUCAAUGGAACCCAGAGAGAGUCAGAGCAGUUUUAUGUUUACAGCAUAAUAGUUCCAGAGGCGAUUGAAGCCAUUAUUAACGCCACACAGACGGUACUGAAGCAAGGAGAGCCUCUUAUAGUUAACUGUUCCAUUCAUGGCUCAGAGCUUGCUUAUUUCAGUUGGGAUUACCCACGCAAAGCUGCAGGCAAAACUAUUGAGCCAAUAACAGAUGUGACAGCUGGCCUGGAGUGGAGUCUGCGCUCCAUCCUGAACAUUUCCAACGCCACUCUGGAAGAUUCAGGCCUGUAUUACUGCAACGUCACAGAGAAUGUCAGGGAACAGGAGGCUUACGAUCAUAUCAAUAUCACAGUUCUUGAGCAGGGGUUUGUCAGGCUAAGCUCAGACCUCAAUAGUAAUCUGUCUGCCAAACUCCACGAGAGCUUCGAUGUCAGUGUGGUGAUAGAGGCCUACCCCAAGCCUUCAGUGCAAUGGUUGAAGGACAAUAGCAUAGUAAUGGAGAGCAGCGAUGAAGUUUACAUGGAAACCACAGAGGAAGAAGAGACCAGGUACCUGAACACGUUGACACUGGUUCGAAUUAAAACAGAACAGAGUGGUUUUUACACAAUCAGAGUCUCUAAUGAAGAUGAGAUCCAGGAGUUGACCUUCAAUCUUAAUGUCAAUGUGCCUCCCAGGAUUGUGGAGCUUUCAGACCACCACCAUUCUGAUAAGGGCCAGGCUGUGGUCUGUGUGGCUGAGGGGACUCCCUCCCCUGAAAUAGAGUGGUUCAGCUGCAGCCAGAUGAAAAAAUGCAGCAACAUAACUGUUCCCUGGAACCCUCUAGCCACAGACCCUGAUAUUAUCAGCAUUCAGACCAACGUGAGCUUCAAUGAGAGUCGGAAAGUUUACCUGGCACGGAGCGUUAUCAUCUUCCACAAUGUGCCGACGAUGCUUUCCAUCCGCUGCAAGGCCACAAACGAGCUUGGGAGAAAAAUACAAGAUGUCAAAUUGGUUUCACACUCGAAAAACUCCCAGGUGGCAAUAACAGCCACCUUUUUAGCCUUGCUGGUUAUUGCUAUAAUUGCAGUUGUUGUGCUCAUCAUACUGUGGAGAAAGAAACCUCGCUAUGAGAUCCGCUGGAAGGUGAUCGAGUCAGUCAGCUCCGACGGUCAUGAGUACAUUUAUGUGGACCCCAUGCACCUGCCCUAUGACUCCAGCUGGGAAUUCCCCAGAGACUGCUUGGUGUUGGGUCGGACUUUGGGUUCAGGAGCCUUUGGACGGGUUGUGGAAGCAUCCGCCCAUGGCCUCAGUCAUUCCCAGUCAACCACUAAAGUGGCUGUGAAAAUGCUCAAAUCCACAGCUAAGAGGAGCGAGACUCAGGCUCUGAUGUCGGAGUUGAAGAUCAUGAGUCAUUUGGGACCUCAUCUUAACAUCGUUAACCUGCUGGGAGCCUGCACCAAACGAGGCCCUAUCUUUCUUAUAACGGAGUAUUGUCGCCAUGGAGACCUGGUAGACUACCUCCACAGAAACAAGCACACCUUUCUGCAGUACUACGCUGAUAAAACUAGGAGAGACAGUGAUAUGUGUGGAAACAACACCUCUGAAGGCCUGGGGAAAAGUUACGUGACCCUGUUCAGUGAGAGUGACGGUGGAUACAUGGACAUGAGCAAGGAUGACACCACUGAAUACGUUCCCAUGCUGGAACUGUCAGACAAUAUCAAGUAUGCAGAUAUUGAGCCUUCCAUGUAUGAAACACCAUACCAACAGGACAGCUACCAAGGGCAAGCUCCAGAGAGAGUUAACAAUGCCCUGGUGGUUAACGAGUCUCCAAUUCUGAGCUACACAGACCUGGUAGGAUUCAGUUACCAGGUUGCUAAAGGAAUGGAGUUUCUGGCAUCCAGAAAUUGUGUACAUCGCGACUUAGCAGCAAGAAACGUCUUGAUUUGUGAAGGAAAGCUGGUGAAGAUCUGUGACUUUGGGCUCGCACGAGACAUCAUGCAUGACUCCAACUACAUCUCCAAAGGCAGUACAUUCCUACCCCUGAAAUGGAUGGCACCAGAGAGUAUUUUCCACAACCUGUACACGACACUGAGUGACUCCUGGUCUUUUGGCAUUCUUCUGUGGGAGAUCUUCACUAUGGGUGGAACUCCCUACCCAGAUCUCCCCAUGAAUGAACUGUUCUACAACGCUCUCAAGACAGGGUACAGGAUGUCGAAGCCUACCCAUGCCUCUGACGAAAUUUAUGCGAUUAUGCAGAAAUGCUGGAAUGAAAAGUAUGAGAAAAGGCCAGAGUUUAGUGAUCUGGUUCAUGCAGUUGGAAACUUGCUUGCUGACAGCUACACAAAGAGAUAUAACCAGGUGAAUGAGGAAUUCUUUAAAAGUGACCACCCUGCAGUUGUACGUACAAAGCCAAAGAUGCCAAGGAACAUAGCUGAAGAGGUGAGGCAGGAUACUGACAAUGAACCAAGCCCUGAUAAUGAAUACAUCAUCCCCAUACCAGACCCCAAACCAGAGGAAGAGGAUGAGGUUAACGAUAUGAAGACCGAGAAAAAAACAAGCUUUCAAGCAACUGAAGAACUGGAUUCAGGUACUGAUUCCAUAGAGAUGCCACAUGCAGAGCCAGAGGAAUCAGGAACAGGUUCAGGCCCAGAACUAGACAAAUCUGAGUUAGAAGUGGAGGACAGCUUCCUGUGA